GCCCAACUAGCAAGUAAAAACUGUCGCUCCCUCGCAAGAAAGAGAAGGAGACGAGUUGGAACAGAUUUUAGGGCUAUACUCAGGAGGCGUUUGCUGCUUCAGCGGCCAAAUCUGCUCCGACGAACCGGAAAAGCCGAAAUCUUUCACACAUUUAUUCAGAUGUUGGUUAAAGGGAGGAAAGUAUCAGGCCGUGGUGAAGCGGUGGCUGCCAACUACGCUUUUGGAGCGCAUGAAGAUGACAUAAUCAUCAAACACAGGCUUCUGACACGCACCACCACCACAAGGGGUGAGCCACCCUUGAAGAAGCUUCAGAAAAAGUUCACUUCUUUCUUCCUGGAGGCCGACAAGGACGACAGCAACUACGCCGACUGCGAAAAGCUCGCCAGAGCUUUCUUGCAGGAGCUCUCUACAUUUGAGAUUCCUCUGCUUAAGAGCAAAGCGGUUGUUGAGGCCAAUGUCAGAGAGAAGGAAAACUUCAACGAGUUGAAAGAGGAGAUUAACAGGCAGAUUUCGCAUGCCCAGUCUGACAUUGAAGAUCUUAAGAAACUACUCCAAGCGAGCAAGAUUGAGAGGCAGCACAAGGAGGAGUGCGAGGCUAUCAGGAAAUUGAUUGCCAUGCAGCCUCCUAGAUCUGAGACGCAGAAGCUUAUAGUGGAACUGGAGAAAGAGAUUGCUGCUCUCGAUGCUGAAAACACCGCCAGUUCUAGGAUGCUCGACCUUCGCAAGAAGCAGUUUUCUCUUCUACUCCAUGUGGUGGAUGAGUUGCAAAAUACCAUAGAGGAAGAGCAGAAAAAUAUGAUAGAGGAGAUGAGGCUUGCAGCUGAAGAGCAGAAGAACGGAAUGGAGGAUGCAAGUGGGGGUUCAGAGGCUAUGGCUGUUGAUUAGUUGUAAUAAUAUGUGAGAUGCCAGAUUUUGUCCUCUUAUAUCUGUUUCUGUUUUUCCAUUCAUACCUCGCAUUGUUGGGAAUCAACGUAACACAGUAUCAGAAUAUUACUUGCUGUUAAUGGUGAUUUGUCAGCAAAUUUUAAAAUU